AUAAAAGUUUUCCUGAACUCAUCUCAAAGUGGAGUUAUCUUUCGACUAACACUUCUCUAUUUUAUCAUUUUUAGGACAAAAUGUAAAAUUUGUUUUCAUCAACACUCCGAUGACCUGGAUGGACGCUCGGAGCUACUGCAGGGAACGCCAUACAGAGCUGGCCAUUCCCAGGACCCUGGCGGAGAACGAAGAGAUCAGGGCGGUGAUCCCAGCAGGUCUGUUCAGCUGGAUGGGCCUUUAUAGAGAAAACUAUAAGUGGUCGGAUGGAACCAUGUAUGUGUUUGAAAGCUGGGCACCAGGUGAUCCUCACGGCGGGGUAGAAAAAUGUACAGGUGCAUAUUUCACAGCCAAGGGACACUGGGCCGACUGGACAUGUGAUCUAAAGAAACCCUUUAUCUGCCACCAUGACCUGCCGUUCACAAAGCAAGUGGUGAAAGUGAAGCUGGUGGGAAACUCUGCUGUGGAUCUGAAUGAUCCUGCUGUCCUGGAGAAGCUGCAGGAAAAGGCCCACAAACGUCACCCUCAGCACGGCAGAGGUCCCAAGCACCACCUGGUGGUGUUCCGGAUAGCCAGAACACCCAUGCUUCUCACUUCGCUCUGCCGGGUGGAACUGCUCCCAAGCGGCGCCGAGAUCGUGAAAAAAGUGGGGGAAUCGCAGAGGACUAAGAGCUAA